ACGCGGAAGUGAGAGACUACUACGCAUGUGAAGCUAAUGACGCCGGUUGUGACCACGCGUGUUUACUCUAAUAUUUACUUAUUUAUAUUUUACGGAAUACAUGUAUCCUGUUUGUAAUGAAAAUGGAAUACAUUUUAAUACGGGAGUAUUUGAACCGCGCGUUUUGCCAAUGACUUCUUAGGGUUGUAAACCGCGGAAUUUAUGACCGAGGUCCACAAUAAAAUCCCAAUGGACAGUGGGAACAUCAUGGACCUGUUUCACAGGGGAAGGCCAGUCAGAGUGUGUGCACCCAUGGUCCGCUACUCAAAGCUGGCCUUCAGAUGUUUGGUGAGGAGAUAUGACUGUGAUGUGUGUUUCACCCCAAUGAUCGUUGCAGCUGAUUUCAUGCGUUCUGCAAAAGCUAGAGACAGUGAAUUCACCACCAAUAAGACUGACCGACCCUUGAUUGUGCAGUUUGCUGCGAAGGACGCGCAGACGCUGGCAGAUGCGGCGUGUGUGGUUUCCCCUUUCUCCGAUGGGGUGGAUUUGAACUGUGGCUGUCCACAAAGAUGGGCCGUGUCUGGAGGCUACGGUGCGUGUCUGAUUAACAAACCUGAGCUAGUGAAAGACAUGGUUCGACAUGUCCGAAACCAAAUUGACAAUCCCAACUAUGCAGUAUCCAUUAAAAUAAGUCUUGUCCAUGCUGCUGUAACGUCUAAAUUCUCCCUUGGGGAUAAAAACAUCUGA